CGGGUCAGCUCGUCCUAGAACCGAUGACUUCACUGGGACUUCGCGGUAGACUUUCGGAACGUUUCCCGGUGCCCUCGAAUCAUGGCGAAAAUUGCGAUCGUGGCAGCGCUGCUCUUCGCCCUUCACGGCCUCGCGAGGAACGCUUGUGUGCACAGGAACUACGGCAAAGGUAGCACCGUGUGCGUGUGCACCGAAGAACACUGCGAUCUGCUCGGAAGUGUGGAGAAACAGGAAACUGGCGUCGCUGGCGUCUACGAAAGCAGCAAGGACGGAUCUCGAUUCCUCUCGACCACCAUCGAGUUCUCGCAAGUCGACAUAAAUUUCACCGCUCUGCCUCGGACGCACAGUGUUAUUCGCGUAACGCCGAACGUAACUUACCAGGAAAUAAUAGGCUUCGGCGGAUCAUUCACCGACGCUGCCGGCAGCAACCUGCUUCGCCUAAGAGAACCGCUUCGCACCCGACUUCUAGAAGCGUACUACUCGGAAGAGGGCCUCAACUACAACCUAGGACGAGUGCCGAUCGCAAGCUGCGACUUCUCGAUGCGCGUGUACUCGUACGACGACGUUUCCGACGACUUCGAGCUUGCCAAUUUCAGCCUCGGACCCGAAGACAUCAACUUGAAAAUCCCCUUUAUCCAACAAGCCCAUGAAAUGAACAAAACGGACCCCUUAUGGCUCAUAGCGAGCCCAUGGAGCGCUCCAGCUUGGAUGAAAACGAACAGUCACAUGAGUGGAAGGGGUACGCUCCGAGGAAGCCCGAACGGUACGUAUUACAAGACGUGGGCACAAUAUUUCAUCAAGUUUCUGGAUGCCUACAAGGAUCACAAUGUAAGCUUCUGGGGCCUCACUCCUCAGAACGAACCGACAUCUGGCUUCGUUCCAUUCUACCCUUUCCAGACGAUGGGUUUCACUGCUGCUAGCCAGCGUGAUUUCAUCAAGUUUGACCUUGGCCCCGCUCUUGAAACGGCAGGCUAUGGAGCUGACAAGGUGAAGUUGUUAAUUUUGGAUGACCAACGAGCCUUUCUCCCUUACUGGGCUAACGUUGUCCUCGCUGACGCUGAAGCUGCAAAAUACGUCUCCGGUAUAGCCUUUCAUUGGUAUUGGAAUCACAUAAGGGGUGCCCAUGUGCUCACGCAAACUCACAAGAGGCACCCUGACAAGUUUCUUUUGGCAACAGAAGCAUGUGAAGGGUCGUCGUCUCUCUCAAAAAACAGGGUGAUCCUUGGGAGCUGGAAGCGUGCUGAAAGCUACGCUUUGGACAUCAUCCAAGACUUGCACCACUGGACCACUGGCUGGAUCGACUGGAACCUCGCUCUGGACACCAUGGGCGGCCCAAACUGGGCUCACAACUACGUUGACGCUCCGAUCAUCGUGAACGUGACAUCCAAAGAGUUCUACCAGCAGCCGAUGUACUACGCUUUGGCACACUUCAGCAAGUUUCUGCCACGAGGUUCGAAAAAAAUUGAAUCCGAGCCAGCACGAAAACUUGACACUAUAGCGUUCCUCAGGCCAGACAAUGCUAUAGUGUUAGUGAUUCUAAACAGGCAAUCUUUUCUGAGAACUUACACUAUUGUGGAUGAACAGCUUGGUAACCUGAAUUAUAGCAUACCAGGAAAUUCUAUUCAGACUUACAUUUGGUGGUUGCCCUAAGUGUACUAUCUUGACUUAGUAACUUAUGAAACUGUCUUGCGUUUUAGGUGUAUGUACGUUAUUAUAUGUUGCAUUUCCCGAGUUGCUCAAGCAAGAAUAUUGUGAAAUUUCAACGGGAGGCUUGCUUCAUGACAUUUUUGUGUGCCAGUCUUUCUUUGUAGUUUGUUUGCAUGGCAAGAGAAAGGGAAUAUUCAUUUACUAGCUCACUAUAGCCCUCUAAAAUAGGUGCAUUAUGUUUAGUCAAGUUCCGUGUGCAAGGUUGGUGCCAGAUUCAACUACCGCACUCCCUUCAAUAUUAGCUUGCCUGAUUGAGGUAGAUUCUUGUUAUUAAGUGUCCUUUUAAAAAGCCUGUGAUGUUUAGACUUGUGAUAGUUAGACCCGUAUUGGGGCUCCGAAAUGUUGAUUCUGUUGUUUUAUCAUUUUUUUAAAUGGCGAGCGUACAUUUUCUUGAACCAUAAUUUUUCCUCACCAGAAGAGUUUAUGUGAAAUCCUAGACUUUUAUUAGACUCAUUUGAUAUAUUGUUGAAGUUUUAUGUCUUGAAAUACGCACCAUUCUAGCUUAGUGGAUUGAUAAUGCGGGCAAAGCAAUGCUCUGACCACUCACAAAGCCCAAAAAGGCACUGCAUUGGCAAAAGCAUUGCUGCAACAUCGCAGCUCUUGUUUCAAUAGCCACAUUCCAAAAUACUUUGAAUGCAUUAAUACUCAUGCACAAUAGCCCAAGUGCAAAUAAUUUUGAGCGAUCAUAAGUGUUCUGUGUUAGCCUUCUACUAUGGUGAAUAUAGUAGCAACGAUAUUCACAUAGCUGCUACAUUGAGCAACAGCCAUCAUUAUGUGUAAACAAAAACAAAAAUCUGCAUACCAGCUUGGAGAGAGCUGGCUAACCGUUUAUAAACAUUCCAUAUUCAGUAGCAGCACAACUUUUGUGGUUAGAGUUUGUAAUUUUAGUUGCAGCUCUCUGUUAUCCAGUUGUAAUAACUACAUUGUGUCACAAUUUUCACCUGAUUAAAAAGGUUUAUUUAGUGAACAUGCACAUUAUUGUCAUUAAUAUGGCUCUAUUCCAUCAAUCUUCGUGUGCAGUGUUCACAAAAAUUAAUAGGGCAGCAAAAUAUAUUUAAGUGUAAGAACUGGUACGUGCUGCUGUUUGUGAUAAUCACCUCAUGUCAUUUUAAGUCUGGCCACUAAAGAUCAUCAGGGCUCUGAUAAAAGUGAGUGAGCAAAAAUUGUGUUUAUAUGACACCAAUCAACGAUGGUGGAAAUAAAAGUAUGUGCUAUAUUACUAGGCUCGGUCCCUGCUGCCAGCAAUUUAUUCUUUCAUCCACUCUACCUUGUUCAAAUUUAUAUCAUAACUACUUCAAAUAACAUCCUUUAUACUUUCCUUGGCAUUAUUGUCCAUUAGGUCUAUUAGUUCUCAUUAAUAUUGCAUCUAAUAGAGAAAAAUGACUGAAUAAACUUCCCCUUCUUUCC